UGAGCGGGAAAGAAAAGCGUUUGAAGGCCGCCGGCCCGCCGGCCGGGCCGUAGUUGCUCGGGUCUCGGGCGAAUCAGUGCGCGUUUCCCUCUGCCAUUUGCGCGUCGGUACGCGGCAGCGGUGUUACCGGAAUCUCCGACGUGUGCUUACCGGUGCGUAGAAGACGCGUAACCGCCGUGUCGGUUGAAGUGUGCUUUCACUGAGUUCGUGUGCAGGAACGUGCGUGGAUUUCUCUCACGAUCGAAUUGAUCGGUAUGGCGGACACAGAGGUCAAGGAAACAAAAGUCACUACUCCUCAGAAGAAAGUAGUGGAAGAGGAAAAGGUAGUAGUGCCAGAGGAAAUUGAUGAGGAUUCGAAGGCAUCUGAAAAUGGGGAUGCAAAGGAAACCAAAGAGAAUGGCUCGAGCGAGGAGAAGGAAACAGAUGAAAAAGAAGCAGAAUCUACGGAAAAUGGAGACUCGACAGAUGCUCCCGCCGACAGUUGCUGCGUAAAGAGGAAAUCAACGGCUGCGGCUGAUGCGGCAGAGGAUGCAGCAGAUGGUGCGAGUCCUGAGAAGAAGUCGAGACUCGAGGAGAAGUGCGCCGAGGCUGAGAAUAACGGCGAUGCGGAGGAGGCCACGGCCUAAUAUUCUCUCAUGUUUAUUAUUGACAGACAGACCUAAUCUAUAGAUGCAAUUUUAACUUUACCGAGUGUGAAGCCAGAGCAGAUCAUCUGUGCAUUUUCAGAGAAAGGAUGGCGAGCAUAAAAGAAAAAAAAGAAGAAAAAAAAACAAACAUUUUGACGUUUAUUGCAUUAAGAACUUUCUGUGUUCAGGAUGAUUGUGUGUGUCUCCCAUAAUACUUGCAAUUGUUAAUUGGCAAUAGCAACACGAGUCGAUUUUUCCGAGAAAAUAUCGCGAUUAUUAUAUUUGACUAAUGUAAUGUAAAGCGUAAACAAAUCGUGUUCUCUGUACUGGCAUCCACGUGCAUACAUAUUAUAUAUUCACUUAGCGUUAGAAUCGUAAGAAAUAAGGAAAUAUACCCCGAUAACGUUUAGAAAUAAUAUAUUUCUAAUUCAUCAAAAACAAAAUGAUGGUGCGGUGUCUGAAAAAUGGGUACAUUUGCGCAGCAUGAUAUUUCCACCUACUUGCUAGUCCUCAUUGUUCCGACGCACGGACACAUUGUAGCUUAUAUCUAUAGACACAUACACACCUUGGACUAUACAUCGGAGAUAGAAUACGGAUAUUUUUCUGCGAAUCAAAAUACAUUCCCGAAAAUAGAUUAACUUGUAAAGUUAUGACUGUUCGCCGACAAAAACUGAAGAGAGCGCCAUUUCUACAGAUAACACUAAACUGUGUGUUUCACUGUAUUUUAUUUAUGUAAAUCUCGUAACUUUUGCAAAAAACAAAGAAACCGAUCAUUUAUCUAAAGUUAGGUAAAUUGUAACACGUUAAACUCUUACUAAUGCAAGAUAUAUGUUCAUAAAGAAAUUUUUUUUCUUUUUUUUCAAAUGACAGAGAACACUUUCGAAGAGAGUAUGUUCAACAUAGAACAAAUACAUGAUUUUAAAAAUCAAAUCGGUCGUGGUCUUUUAAAAAAAAAAAAAAAACGAAAAAUAUUUUUUUUAUAUUACAUGCAGCACGAUAUAAGACAUAGUCUUACCUCAAUUCAGAUGUUGUACCUAUAUAUGUAUAGAAACACUGAUGAAUGAAAAGAUUUAUUUUGAAUUUUGCUAUGAUAUAGAACAAAUAUUGACAGUCAUUCGAUAUGAGAAAUUACAGUUGACACAAAACCAAAAAAUUACGAAAUUCGUUUGAUGUAUUUAAUCGAAACUGAUAACUAAUUUGCAUGUUAUUCAAAAUUAUCAGAUGAUGUCAGGUGUAAGUCGUCGUUUUUUUUAGUUUGUAACGCAUUAGCUUCAAAAAGCGCAAAUAUUUUAUUUAUCAUAUUUCGGUGACAAUGUGACAAUAGUUCAUAUAAUUUUCAGUAUCAUUAUUUUGCUUCGUAUGUAAUACAUGUCGAUCAGUGAGGGUAAUAACAUGUAUGUUUAAGAUUUAAAAUGGUAAAAUGUGUUCAACAGCUAAUACAAAUAAAGAUGGUUCUCUAUA